UAUGGCGUCUUCAGACGAGGAGGAAGGAGUGCUUUCAACAAAGCUACAUAAAGUAGCCUUUAUCCACUCUGAAGACUACGUGAACAUAUGUGAUCGACUACCUAAAGUUCGAGGAAGGGCUGGUCUUACCACUUCGUUGAUAGAAUCGUAUGGACUUCUGAAAGACAGAAACCUCAGUAUUAUAAAACCAUCAAGAGCAACAGACUAUGAUUUAUUAGCCUUCCACUCACAAGAAUACAUUGAUUGCCUAAAGAAAUCUACUGAGAUUGAAGAUGAUGAGGAAACAAGCCAGUUUGGCUUAGGUUAUGACUGUCCGAUGUUUGAAGACAUCUAUGACUGUGUGUCUGCCAUUGCCGGUGGUACAAUUGCAGCUGCUGAAGUAYURAAAAAUGGYCAGGCAUCAGUAGCUAUCAAYUGGCARGGGGGCUGGCAUCAUGCACAGAGGGAUGAAGCAGCUGGUUUUUGCUAUGUCAAUGACAUUGUACUUGGUAUUCUCAAACUAAGAGAGAAAUAUAACAGAGUUCUGUAUGUAGACCUUGAUUUACAUCAUGGAGAUGGAGUAGAGGAUGCAUUCUCUUUUACAUCCAAAGUCAUGACAGUUUCCUUCCAUAAGUACUGCUCUGGCUUCUUUCCAGGAAGUGGUUCUUGUCUUCAUGUUGGGAGAGGAAAAGGUCGWUACUAUUCUCUCAAUGUAACCUACAAUGAUGGGAUCACAGACAGGCCUUUUGUAGAGGUCUUUAAUAGGGUAAUGAGUAAAGUSAGGGCCAAGUACAAACCAGAUGCCAUUGUAUGUCAGUGUGGUGUAGAUACAUUAGCUGGUGAUCCUAUGGCUUCAUUUAACCUUACACAAUUCGGUGUUGGUCAUUGUGUCAAGAACCUUUUAUCRUGGAACCUUCCUACAAUGAUUCUUGGAGGAGGUGGUUAUAACCUGGUCAAUACWGCKCGUUGUUGGACAUACCUUACUGGACUUAUCUUAGGCAAGGCAUUACCCAACGAUAUACCAGAACAUGAGAAUUUUCUGUCUUAUGGUCCAAGCUAUCAGCUUGCUGUUAUAUCAGGACCUCAACCUGACCUGAACACCCGGGACGACCUACAAAACCAGCUCAAGAAAGCCUUAGGUAACAUCAAGAAUAUAUUAUAGCAAUAAACAUCAAAAAUGU